UGAACUAUGGCCUUCUUUCGAUAGAAGAUCCAGCCAGUGUUUGAAUUUUGAUAAACAGUAUAACGGACGGUGCGAGCAAGAACAUGGGGAAGUUGCUGAUCGCGUGGUGUAUUUUCUGCCUGUUUAGUGGUAGUUUUGCGAUUCCCGCAGCGCUGCUGUACGGUUACAAUGUUAAGGAAGCUGUAAGAUUGCCGAAAGGAGAUGAUGUAUCUUCGGCGCCGGUGAAUUUGAAAGUGCCGAUUAUUUUUUUUGGAGAAGCCUACGAUACCAUUUAUAUCAACAACAAUGGCCUCCUAUCUUUCCGAACAGAAAUACCCAAUUUUCUGAACUUAGAAUUUCCCCUGGACUAUCCCUCCAUAGCCCCCUUCUACUCCAACGUAGACACAACCAACGCAGGAACCGUAUUUUACUACGAGACAGAGGAUCCAGGUCUUCUCCAGAGAGCGACAGAAAAUGUGCAUGACCAAUUCUUGGAGUAUGGCAACUUCCAAGCCACCAGUCUGUUCAUCGCCACUUGGGAAGCUGUGGGCUAUCACGACAAAGGAACGGAUAAGGUGAAUACUUAUCAAGUGGCAAUUGCAACGGACGGUGCCAAUUCUUUCGUCGAGUUUCUCUAUCCAGAGAAUGGUAUACAGUGGAUUCAAGGAACUGGAGAUGAAUCUGGUCUUCCAGACGCACGAGCACAAGCUGGAUUUGUUUCGGAGGAAGGAACAGUGUUUACUUUGCCAGCUUCCGGUACUGAGCAGGUCAAAAACUUGGAGAAAUGGUCAAAUAUGGAUCUGCUUGGACAAUGGACCUUUAUGAUUCACGAAAGUAAUAUAGUUGAACCAGAUCAGAAUAAUGAAGAAAAACCCAGUAAAGUACCUGGUACCACCUGUGCUUCCUCCCCUACAUACUGUCACGUUCAUGGAAAAUGUAUAGAUUACGAUGAAGGUUUCUGUUGCGAGUGUGAUCCUGACUACUAUGGCAAUGGACGAGCUUGUGUCAAAAAAGACGCUCCACUAAGAGUAAAUGGAAAAGUAACUGGAAAAAUAAAUGGAGAAAAACUAGGAAACUUAGACCUGCAAUCUUACAUAGUAAUGCAAGACGCAAGGGCAUAUACUGCGAUAUCUAAAAUACCCGAAUCCAUCGGUUCCGACAUCCAAUCUCUCCAGAUCUUAGGAAGUUCCAUUGGUUAUCUAUUCGCCAAACCAAUACGUGGAGCCACCAAUGGCUAUCAGCUAACUGGAGGAAUAUUCAACCACACAGCCCAACUCUAUUUCCAGAACACAAACCAGAGCAUCGCUAUCAUUCAAAAGUACCAUGGAUUGGAUCUUUUCGACCAGCUUAGAUUGGAAGCUAAUAUCCAAGGAGAAAUACCAAAUUUGCCCGACGAUGCCAAGGUUAUCAUAGAUGAAUACCAAGAGGAAUACACUGUUACAGCACCGGGUAUCAUCCAGUCAUCAUCUAGUCGAGUGUUCAAAUAUCAGGAUGAAAAUGGCACAGAAGUUGUCCAUCCGUACUCAGUUUAUCAAAGUUUUCAAUUCGAAGAGUGCAAGUACAGGAAUUCUUCAUUCGGGAAUUCGUGGAAAUUGAAGGUUGGGAAGAAUUUCAUCAGCUAUGAGGCGACUGAGCAGAUUAUUCGAUUUGGGUUGAGUAAUAAGGUCACCCCCAUUGGUGACUACGAUCCUUGUGAGGAGGGUCGAUCAAAAUGCCAAGAGAAUAGCGUUUGCGUAGUGGACAACGACUCAUACAGGUGCGCCUGUAGGCCAGGUUUCCAAUACCAGAUGGCUGAAGGCGGAAACACUAUCUGCGUCGACACCAACGAAUGUGCCAUCGGAAUCGCAGACUGCGAUUACAACGCCCAAUGUACCAACCUCAUCGGCAGUUACUCAUGCCGUUGUAAUCCAGGAUUCGAAGGCGAUGGCAGAAUCUGCCAAAACGCAGUCAGCUGUACCAACGUCACUUGCAACGAAAACGCUGAAUGCGUGGAAUCAAACGGCCUGGCCUCGUGCAGAUGCAUAGCUGGCUUCACUGGAAACGGACAGGUGUGCCAACCGAAGGUCGGACACAGCUGUCACAUUGCCAACAACUGUUCGCCCUACGGGAUGUGUCAAAUAGACCCGGCAACAGAUGAGUACCAUUGCUUGUGUUUGCCUGGUUUCGAAGGUGAUGGAUAUAGGUGUACACAGGUACCAACAUCUACUGAAACCCAGAUGAAUACUGAUCCAAAUACAAUCACUUCCACUGAGGGAAGAGUUCCACCACCAGUUUCUUCUACAGAAGAAUUUGAGUAUACGUCCGAAUAUGUGCCAACAGAAACAGUGAUUCAAACGACCACUGAUAGGGUUCCGAAAAAUUGUGAUAAUACUUCAUGUUGGUGCCCUGAAGGUUUCACACUAGACGAAGACGCCCAGUAUUGUGUCAGAACAGAGAAUUUCAAGAAUCCAACUACCAUACUUCCAAAUGUCACAUGCAAUGAACUCAACAACUGCAAUGAAAAUGCUGAAUGCAAAUUCGUACAAGCAAUUUCAUCAUAUGCAUGUGUCUGCAUUGAUGGUUUUGAAGGUGAUGGGACCACUUGCUCCGAAAUGAAGGUUUCCUGUCUUGUCGAAAACAACUGCGAUGUUCAUGCUAGUUGCACCUACGAUGAGACAAUAGGACGUUCCAAAUGUGUCUGCAUGAGUGGUUUUGAAGGGGAUGGAUACACUUGUACCCUUGCUAUAUGUGCAAGUAACAACGAUUGCACAGCUACUGAAGAAUGUUUAUACACCAACGCAAACAGAUACGAAUGCGUAUGCAAGGAAGGCUUUGUGAGGGACUCGCAAAACCUGUGUGUUGAUGGCAGCAAUACUUGUGGAGGUGGUACCUGCGUAGAAAAUGCCGAGUGCUUGUACGAUGCUACCUACGAAACCCAUUAUUGCAGUUGCAAAACUGGCUACGUCGGGGAUGGUAUAACAGAAUGCAAAUUGAAGCCUAUAGGUUGCAACGUUCUGAACAACUGCGGUCUACAUGGUGUUUGUGUCUACGACGAAGAAACCGAACUCUAUAUCUGUCGAUGCCAAGUAGGAUUCUACGGAGAUGGAUUCGUUUGUCAUUUGGAAGAAAACUGUCUCACCUCCCCCUCAAUGUGUGAUCCUAACGCAGCCUGCGUUGCUGACGCAGAAAGAAAAUACAGUUGCCAAUGCAACUACGGUUUUGUGGGCAACGGAACGUCUUGCCGAAGAAAUCCAACACAUGAAGGCGGUUUCCUCUUACUGAACCAAGGUAUGGCCACUUUGAGGAUACCCCUGGAAAACUCCAGGGAAAGAUAUGGAAGAGCAGUUCAGGUGAAGGGUGCCCAAACUUCCGUUGGUCUGGACAUUGAUUGUUUCGAUGGAAAAUUCUUCUGGAGCGAUAUAACCGGAAGGGCCAUCCGCACUGCCUUCUACAACGGCAGCUCAAAACAAGACUUUAUAACCGAAGGCGUUGGAUCUCCAGAGGGUAUAGCUGUGGAUUGGGUAUCGAGAAAUAUAUACUGGACAGAUUCCACAAAAGAUACAAUAGAUGUAGCCAGCAUAGACGGUAAAAGAAGGGUAACUCUGGUCAACACAGACCUUAAAAAUCCAAGAGGUAUAACAGUUCACCCCCAGCGAGGGAAAAUUUUCUGGACGGACUGGGAUAGGCUGCAUCCGAAAAUUGAGUGGGCUAACGCAGACGGCAGCGAAAGAUCCAUAUUUUUCGAGGGCAAAGAAAUUUCCCUUCCGAACUCCUUGGCUAUCGAUUAUGAUACUGAAGAAUUGUGUUAUGCUGAUGCCGGAACUAAAAAAAUCGAAUGUAUACAAAUUGAUAACAGACAAAAGAGGACGAUAGCAUCCAAUUGCACAUAUCCGUUCGGAAUAACGGUGAAUGAUCGUUAUAUUUUCUGGAGCGAUUGGAUAACGAAACGCGUGGAGAGGGUUGAUAAACAAACGCUCAAGAGACUGGAACCAUUACCUCUUCCAAUAGUUGGUGCUGGGAGGUUAUUCGAGGUGGUUGCUGUGCCAAUGAGGUGUCCCCCUCUGCAAAAUAUCUGCCAGUACAAAGAUCAAUGUCCUCCCGAGCAUAUUUGCUUACCAAAUGGUAGAGGAAGCAAGACAUGCACUUGCUCAUACAAGGCUCAUUCGCCACUGGAAAAGCCAACCUGCACAUUGCCAGUCACGCAAAAACAAGUUACAAUUUUCUGAAAGUCAAUAGGUUAUGGGCCAAUAUUUCAGUCAAGCAUCAUUAAUAACUUGAUGGUCAUGCUUGUUCGAUUAGAUUUUAAUUUUUGUAAUUCAGUGGAUCAAUGGAAUAAAACUAUUAAUUAUUUCUAUUAUACAUAUAUAGCUUUUAGAUAACUCUUAUUUAUAUUUCCAGAUUUUUUUAUCAUUUUUUCUAUUCAUACUUACAUCACCACAAAUAAUUCCACAUCAAAUGUCGCGCGUAUUAUAAAUUAAAAGUCGAACUAUGUCUGAAUGAACGUAUGAAUAAAAUUAAAAGUAGAA